AUGCACGCCCUCACGCACGGCCUCGGCGCCGCCGCGCUCCCCCUCUCGCGGGGCGCGCCCGCGCCGCGAUGCCGCGCCGCCGCCACCGCGCGCCGCGUCGUCGCCCGGCCGCGCGCGAGCGCGACGGCGACGUCGAGCGACAGCGCGACCGGAGGGACGACGAUCUCCGCGGAAGAGCUCGACCGCGACGCGACCGCGGGGAACCCGCUCAUCGGCAUCACGCCCGAUCGCGUGCCGAUGGUCAAAGCCGCCGCGGACGGGUCGUCGCCCACCGCGGGGUCGUUCAACUGGACGAAGCAGUGGUACCCGGUCGCGGUGAUCGACCUGAUCGACGCGACGAAGCCGCACCCGACGCAACUCCUCGGCGUCGAUCUCGUCGUGUGGAGAGACGGCGACGGGCGAUGGAGCGCGUUCGAGGACAAGUGCCCGCACCGCCUCGCGCCGCUGUCCGAAGGCCGCGUCGAGGACGACGGCACGCUUCUGUGCGCGUACCACGCGUGGAGGUUCGACGCGGACGGGAAGUGCGCGGACAUGCCGCAGGCGAGCUCGCGCGAGGAAGAGGAGCGGGUCAAGUCGAACCCGCGGUCGUGCGCGUUUGCGCGCCCGACGAUGGAGGCGCAAGGACUCGUCUGGGCGUGGGGCGAGGGCGGGAAAGAGGCCGAGAUCGAGGCGCGGAUGACGCCGCCGUUGCUCGUGCCGGAGAUCGAGGGCGUCGGGAAGAACGGCGAGGCCCCGGGCGGGGCGUAUCGGAACCACUGGCAGGUGAGAGACAUGCCGUACGGCUGGGCGGCGUUUUUUGAAAACGCCAUCGACCCCGCGCACGCGGUCGUGUCGCACCACACGCUCGUCGGGUCGCGGUACGACGAUCCCGCCGGGUUCAAGUGCGUCGUCGAGCGGCCGAUGACCGCGGAGGCUGGGUUCAGAUGCGCGCUCGACCCCGCGGUGCCUCCUUUCAACACGAUCGGGAAGUACGACGCGGAGACGUCCUACGAUUUUCAGCCGCCGUGCCUCUUGAAGAUCGACUGGCGGCACGAGCAGGCGCGGUUCCUGACGUCGCACUACUGCGUCCCGACGCGACCGGGGUGGUGUCGGCACUUUGUCGCGACCGUGUGCCAGCGAGGCGAGGGCGAGAGCGUGCGGCAGCACCGGUGGUUCAAGCUGAAUCUGUUCACCUUGACGUCGCCGGCGUGGAUGACGCACGUGCUGGGUCCGACGUUUUUGCAUCAGGACAUGGUGUUGCUCCACCAGCAGGAGAAGAUCAUCGCGAACGGGGACGGGCAGGCGCUCGCGGAGAAGUGGAAAGACCAGGUGUUCAUUCCGACGGGCGCGGAUAAGAUGACCGUGAUGUUUUAUCAGUGGUUCGGCAAGCACGGGCCGGUGCCGUGGGAGGGGCAAAACGCGGAGAUGCCGCCGAUCGAGCGCGACCACUCGAAGCUGUUCGACACGUGGGAGAUGCACACGAAGUACUGCACGCACUGUCAGGGCGCGCUGCGGAACACGGAGAUCUUGAAGAACGUCGCGCUCGUCGCGGGAGGCGCGAAGGCGGUGUGGUUCGCGUGUCUGUGCGCGUUCGCCGCGUCCGCCGCCGGCGCCGCCGGCGGCGACGCCUCCGUCGUCGACGUCUUCGGUAACUUGCCGUCGUCCGCGGGCGGGGAGCUCUUCUCCGCGCUCUCUCUGUUCGGCACCGCGUACGGCCUCCACGGGUUCGCGGGCAUGUUCAGGUCGUACCCGUUCUCGCACGCGGAGGAGGACAUCGUCAUGGAGGGCACCGCGAAGAUUGGCCUGGCCAACGACGGCCCCUCGCCGUACAUCGACUUCGUGGACGACUCGCUGUUCGGCGGCGCGGAUAAGCGAGGGAAGCCGCACGCGGGCGGGUGCGAGUGCUCGGGGUGCUCGCCGCACUUCCAAGGCAUUCGCAGCGGGGUCUUGGCCGCGCGGAAGGAGAAGCAGGCGAAGAAGGAGGCGGAGGCGGGCGCGCCGGCGCGGUGACGUUAUAUUUUUGAUUUCAAAAGAUUACUACAGCGGCGUUUUUUGGGUCGUGGUUUACUGAACCCCUCUUUCUUCACUCUUCGUCCGUGCUGUCCAUCGACGGCGGCUGCGCCGGCGGCUUGUCGAACUUAUCGCCGAUCGCGGAGAGGUACGGCGACGCUUGCCAGCACGCGUACCCGGUCCCCGCGAGCGCGAGGAAGAAUCCGAAUCCGCCGACGGCGACGACCAUGAUGAGACCGAGAAACACCCCGGUCGCGCCCAUGAUGCCGUAGCCGACCACGGGCGCGUCCUCGCCCGCUUCCUCCGCGAGGUUGAUCACGGGCGCGAGCCACCCGGGCGCGGCGAUGGACGCGUCGGGGGGCUUCAUGAGGUCCUUGACGAAGUCCGGGAGGCCGCCCUCUUCCGCGCGGACGACCAGCCGCGCGCCGCGGCGAGAGCUCGCGCGGUCGAGCGCGAUCGCAGCCUUGGACGCGCUCGGGAGCUGGACGCCUGCGAGCGCCUUGCGCGAGGAGACGCGCGCGCGAGGCGCGGACAGCGCCGCGUACGUCGCGGCGGAGCUGACGAUGACGGACAUGCUCGCGUGCGUGG